AUGCGCGAGGCUCUGUUAACCCCCGAGGACGAGCAGUACCUGUCCCUGCUGGAAGCUCGUCGCGACCAGCACUUCACCCAUGCGCCAUUGCUCUCCAACUUCCGAGUCCUCGCGCUCUUCUCGUACGAUGACGAUGACGUAGACGGCCAGACCGCCGACAAGUUCGUGGUGGGGGCCAACGCCGAGUGCGCCAACAUCGGCGGCGCCACGUGCGCCGAGCGCGCGGCCAUGGCGCAGCUGCAGCUGCUGCCCGUCAAGCGCGUGCGCAAGAUCUACAUCGUGUCGGACUCGCCGCAGUGUUUAACACCCGGCACUCUGUGUCGCGAGUUCCUGCUCUCCAGCCCCUUGAUCAGCGAGGACACGCCGUUCGUGUCACGCGCCAAGAAUUGCCGCCCGUGCGUCACCACGUUGAAGGAGCUGUACCCGUUCCCGUCGCUCUACGACCGACUGCCCCGCACUCAAGUGUUGCCGUUCGCCCGCAACUUUUGCUGCCAAUUCGCUGGCAGUAGUAGUAGUAACCUGCAACCGCAAGAGGGGGAGACACUCGUCACUCCGUUCAUCAAGUUGCAGCUCUCUCGCAUGUCUCCGGACGAACAGGAAGUGUACUUGCGAGCUCUAAAGGCGACGGAGAGAGACUCAAGGGACGACCUCUUCCCGUUGAGGUACGCGGCGGGCACAAAGUUCUCGGACGGGGACGUGCGCGUCACGUGGCAACACAAGACGCUCGAGUACGGCAGCUCCCUGGACGCCAUCUCCAAGCUCAUCCCGUUCGUCGAGGACAAGCAGUACAAUACGCAACAACCCGCCAAGCCCGAGUUCCUGAUGCAGGUGGACCAGUUCGGCAUCCUCCACGCGCCGUUUGCACGCGCACGAGCCUAUUUCUUCGAGUUCGGCUUCCUCGACACGCCCGUGCUGGUGCAUGACGCCAAGGGGGAGCUGCACCGCGUCCCUAUUGGAACGCUCGUGGCCGAGUCUCCGGACUGUAUCGCUGCGUCUACGGCCAUGAUGAAGUAGAUCAGGAGACUAUUGGUCGCUUUCUUCGAUGAGGGC